AUGGCAACAUCUUUGGCCUUCGGUUCCUGUUCUUUCUCGUUACCCGGUUUUUAUUCAUCUGUUGACAAAACCCUAGCUCAAUGCCAAUGUAAGAAUCUCACUAAAUUUAGUUUACGGGCCAAUUACGAUUCACGGUUUCAGUCACGAGUCGAUAAUUGGAUUCAUUUUGCUACUACUAGUAAAGUCCAACAACUUCACUUAGAAUUAAACUUUAGAGAAGAUGCUGAUCGGUUUGUAUUUGGAGACGACUCAUUUUUCAUCAAUCCCCAUUUUACCCAUCUGCAUUUAGAACAUUGCUUUUUUAAUCCUGUUGGCCCUAUUAAUUGGAACAAUCUUACGCAUCUAACUAUUUCUGACGUGAGUUUAGACCAUGGUUUGAUUGAGAAUAUAUUAUCCGGGAGUCCUUUAUUAGACACUUUGAAGUUGUAUUAUUGUUAUGGUUAUUCAUGGCUCAAUAUUACUUCGAAAAGUGUUAAGAACUUGGUGUUACAUGGAUACCAUGAUCCCGAUGAUAUAAUUAAUUACCUUGACGAUGUUAUUGGAAUCAAUGCUCCUUAUAUUUCAUCGCUAGAAAUCGUGGGAACUUUUUUGUUAUAG